UCUUGGUCGGUUCCAACCGGAAAAGAGAAUGUGGCGCGCGAUAAAGGCUGUUGUUGCUUAAACUACACAGUUAGUGAAUUUUAAAGUCCGUGCUCCAAAUGAUAAAGGCAACCCAUCUUAAAAUAAAAAAGGAAAAAUUAAGAACAUAUACUUAGUUAUUUGUCACUGAGAAGAAACGGGAAUUACUUUACAGUCAUAAUGCCUCGAAGAAAGAGAGCUGCCGGGAGCAGUUCAGACGGGACCGCAGAUUCAGAUGACUCCACAGAGCAUGAGAAGACAGACAGCUCGCACAGUGAUGCAAAUCCACGUAGCAACGCACGGUUAACCAGAGCUUCUGUCCGCCUCAGCCAGGGCUCUCAAGAUGUCCCAGCAGACGUGAAGCAAGUAGCAGAGAGAGACGAGUCACCACCCAGGACUCCUACAGGCAAUGCGCCCUCAUCCGAGUCAGACAUUGACAUCUCCAGUCCCAAUGCGUCCCAUGAUGAAGGUGCAGCCAAGGACCAGAAAGACUCAGGCAGUGAUCCGUCUCAUCGACCAAAGCGCCGCCGCUUCCACGAGAGCUACAACUUUAACAUGAAAUGUCCCACACCUGGAUGCAACUCUCUGGGACAUUUAACUGGAAAACAUGAAAGACACUUCUCCAUAUCUGGCUGUCCUCUUUACCAUAACCUAUCAGCUGAUGAGUGCAAGGUAAAAGCUACUGAACGGGAAAAGCAAGAAGAGGAAAGAAGUCAAACUCAGAAUGAGGACAACAGACAUGCUACUCGUCACCAGGCUCCUACUGCAAGGCAGGUAAAAUAUAAGGAGAAAGUUCAAGAAUUGAGGAAGAAGAAGGACACUGGACUGUCAAAGGAGCAGAAAGAAAAGUACAUGGAACAUAGGCAGACCCAUGGAACAACUAGAGAGCCACUUUUGGAGAACAUAACAAGUGAAUAUGAUCUUGAACUGUUUAGAAAAGCCCAAGCAAGAGCGUCUGACGAUCUGGAGAAGCUGCGCAUGCAAGGUCAAAUCACUGAAGGUAGUAACAUGAUAAAAACUAUUCUGUUUGGUCGCUACGAGCUGGACACCUGGUACCACUCGCCUUACCCAGAGGAAUAUGCCCGGCUUGGCCGCCUAUACGUCUGCGAGUUCUGCCUGAAGUACAUGAAGAGUCAGACUAUCUUGCGCAGACACAUGGCCAAAUGUGUGUGGAAACAUCCCCCCGGAGAUGAGGUUUAUCGAAAAGGAGCCAUCUCCGUGUUUGAGGUGGAUGGGAAAAAAAACAAGAUCUAUUGCCAGAACCUGUGUUUGCUGGCUAAGCUGUUUCUGGACCAUAAGACACUGUACUAUGACGUUGAGCCCUUCCUCUUUUAUGUCAUGACUGAGGCUGACAACACAGGCUGCCAUCUCGUGGGAUAUUUCUCAAAGGAAAAAAACUCCUUCCUGAACUACAAUGUGUCCUGCAUUCUCACCAUGCCACAGUAUAUGAGGCAGGGCUAUGGCAAGAUGCUGAUUGAUUUUAGUUAUCUGCUGUCCAAAGUGGAAGAGAAGGUGGGAUCUCCUGAAAGACCUCUCUCUGACUUGGGGCUCAUCAGUUACCGCAGCUACUGGAAGGAAGUCCUGUUGCGAUACAUGUACAACUUCCAGGGCAAAGAGAUCUCCAUCAAAGAAAUCAGCCAAGAGACUGCUGUGAACCCGGUGGAUAUCGUCAGCACUUUGCAGUCACUGCAGAUGCUGAAGUACUGGAAGGGGAAACACUUGGUUUUAAAGAGACAGGGCCCUUGGGAGAGUGAGGACGGCGGAGAGAGGAGCUGCACUGCGUUUUUGAUUUGUUUUGCUUUUGAAAUACUUUCUUUUAGAGUUUUCAGCUAUGCAGAUAUAAACAGUACAAGUUAAAAUCUGGCAGGAGCUUCACUGCAUUUUUUUCUUUUCUUUUUUUUUUCUUUUUUUUAAAUACCUUGAGUUUUCAAAAGUUAUUUACAAGUUAUUAUAGUUAUGUACAAAUUAUUCCCACUAAAACCUUGCUUAAAAAAGUAAACCAUGAAGUACUGGUCUCUCUUCACUGAAGCAAUACAUUUGUGUGUACUUUGGUGGGUUAAAUGUAAUAUUUGUAUUUAGGGGUUUCCUGUAAAAUAAGGUAACCUAAGCAGACAAAAUCUUUUGUUUAAAAAAAAAAACAAAUACUCUGCUCUCAUGGAUAUCAAACAGUUGCAAACAAAACACAGGUUUAUCAAAAGAAAUCUGUUAAAUAUACAAAUAUCGGCACCCUUUUAGUCAGUACUUUUGUGGUACCUCCCUUUGCCAAGAUAACAGCUCUGAGUUUUCUCCUAUAAUACCUGAUGAGGUUGGGGAAUACAUGGUGAGGGAUUUGAGACCAUUCCUCCAUACAGAAUCUCUCCAGAUCCUUCAAUUUUGAGGUCACUCUGGUGGACUCUCCUGUUCAAUUCACCCCACAGGUUUUCUAUGGGCUUUAAGUCAGGGGACUGGGAUGGCCAUGGCAGGACCUUGAUUUUGUGAUGUGGUAGUUGUAGAUUUUAUUUCAAUUGCAUCCUCCAGCGAUAGGCUAGUUCUGUGCUUUAGUCGUGUUAAGUCAAGUCACUUUAUUUACAUAUUUAUUUAAACACAAAUGCUGGCCAAAGUUCUGUACAAUACAGCACAAAACACUUUGGAGCAUGCUGUUGCGCAAAAAAUAAACCAUGCCAGGGUGGAUUAGCAGUAAGUUAGAUAAGUUAUGUUAGCAAUGUUAGCAAAUUAACUAAAUGUGUCGCAACAUGCGUUUCCAAAUUAGAUAGACUGUGAGACUUCUAAGGAGGUGAAGGAAAGAGCUCCUAUUAUACAAGUCGUUGCUUACGCCAACAUUUUACUACAGUAGAGCCGGGAGCGCACAUCCUUAAGUUCACCAGUUUAGUCCAGUGGUUUAUGUUCAUACAUACAUUAUAGCUAUUGCACUAACUACAUUGUGUAGCAUUGUGUAAAGAAGGUCACAGGAAAUGAUAAAUUUGUACAAUUUGUGAUAGGCUUUUGAAAUGAUUGCCAAACUGACAUUCUUUGGCUAGAUGAGAGAAGUUUUUCUCUCAAAAUCACAUUAUGGAAUUUUGAAGGUCUAAAUGAUAAUAUAAGGAGUAAAAAGUAUGUUUUUCUCUUUGUAAAGAGUGUACAAGUAUUCACUUUCAAUAAUACUAAAGUAAAGUGCAGGGUGUCCAAAACUCUCCGUACAGAGGGGACUAUGUAAGCCUGCAUCACAUCUGUUGUACCUUUGUCAGUGGAUGUUUGUGGACUUUCACUUCUUGGUUGGUCCACAGCACUUCCAAUCUUUUUGAAUUUGUUAAUAUAUUUGGCAGCCAUGUUUCCUGUUACAAGUCCAUUACAACCUUGUGACAGAUUCCCAUUCCAGACAUGAGAAUGAUUUCAAUACGUUCACCUUAUAUAUAAAAAAUUUGGAACACAUUUUUCUAAAAAAUGUUCAUUUCCAAAUAAUAAGGUAUCCACAGACUUUUGCCUGAAUUAUAUGAGCAGAACUGUAUUGCGAAGUGUGAUUCAGGACCAAAAUCUUCUUCAUUAUUAAAGUGGAGAAGAUUUGUGCAUGUUCUUAAAAAAACACCUUGCGCUUAAUCAGUUCUUCAGAUUUUUUGAUGAGAUGAGAUGAUGAGAUUAGUCAUGACUGAGAAGUGUCCUCCAAAUGACACGAUUGCAACCAGAUUCACCCACUGAUCCAACCAGGGUGUCUACAAAAUGUCUUUAUGUAAGGACUGAUUGCACAGCAUAAUCAGAUUGUUUCUUUUCAUAUUUAAAUCUGAAUUUUGCCAUUUGUAGGAAUAGAUCAACCUGUCCUCAGGCAUUUAGAAGUCUUUGCUUCUAGAGCCACCUCAUGUGCCAAAGCUAUUUAAAGCAUGAAAAAGGGUAUCUAGGGUAUCUUUUUUUUAUCCUUUGUAAUUUGGUGGUUCAGUGCCAGCUCCACUGUAACAAUCUGAGCUCUAAGAGGAACAGAACGUUCCCCGUGUGAACUUUUUGGCAGAUUCCUCUGGCAUGAUUGCCAUUUCAUUUCACCGACAGACCUAGGCAAUUUUUACAAACAGUUUCUUCGGUUAGGUCAUUGUUAGAAAUAAAAUCCUCUCCAGAUUUACUGCUUUUCUUACACUUUCUAAUUAUCACCAUUGUAUUCAGUUAUAUAAUCCCUCAAUCAGUAUUUUGAUGAUCGUGGUGGUGAUUAUUCACAUUAAUGAUCUCAAAAUAUUCUUCAUUUACCAUUAUUUCAUUUAUUUUCCAUUCAGCUUCCACAUUCAUUCCUACCAUAGCAACAACUUGCAAUGCAAUGAGAUGUAAUUAAUGUUAGGUCUUUUACUGUUUCACUACUGCAAAGGAGAAGUCCUUCACUUAUUGAUGUAUAAACUUGAUGUAUUGCUUGACAAUAAGUUAAUUCUUCUUGGUUUCGCCCUGAUGUACAGCUGAUUGCAUUGUCUUGUAGGAGAGACCAUACAGUGAUGCACGUAUAAAUAAUUAGAGCCUGUGACUGACGUGUUUCUUGUUGCCCAGGUGUGCCCUGUUAAAUUGAUUGUUUAAACAAUUAAUAACUUUGAAUGUCUUUUAUUUUGAGCCCCGGGUUUUGCCUCUGAAGACUGCAUUUAUUGUUAAAAAGGACAUACAAUUUUUUAAAAAGGAUAAGCCAUUUUUAAGAAAGAAGAGGGUUUUCUGAAUUCUGAAAAGGUCUGAAUAAGAAUGGCAGAGCAAUUUAGCGCUGUGGUAUUCAGCAUUCAGGCAUGGUGGAAGAAAGGAGCAAAUUCUGGUAAUUAUAGAUCAUAAACAUGUCAAUAAACCUUAAUCUUGAGCAGCA